ACACAUUUAUGUUAACAGAGGCCUAAGGUUGGUGUGCUGCGCGCCUCCCCCGCCCCUACCAGACUAAAUUUAGGGCGCUAAAGUCCCGCCUCCUCUUAGUAAAAGUAAGUGGGAGUUUGUGUGAACUUGUCAUGAAGUGAAAUGAGUGUACGCGUAAAUCUCUAAAGUGAAAAUGUCGGCGGACACGGUGUAUGACUGUAUAGUGAUCGGGGCCGGUGUCCAGGGCUCGUUCACAGCCUACCAUCUGGCCAAAAAGAACAAGAAGACCCUGUUGCUGGAGCAGGUGAGUCACACACUGAACACUGCUCUCAAAGAUUUACUCUCCGAGGUUACAGCUGUGAGUUCGACCAGACGUCCUUCUCCGAGGUGCUUUUUCUUGAUUGAAAUGUUACAUUAGUCCACAGACAUGCAGUGUGACCUGAGAGUGUGUGAGCUGCACGCAGCAGCUGGCAUUGCUUUGCAUUCCUCGUUUCCAAGGUUACUCUGUGACCUAAACAUAUCUGUUAGCUAACGUGUGUUUACUACUAUGCACUGAUUAACCCCUGCAAAGCUGAAGCACAUAAAUGUAUUUUCUAUGUGAUUUUAUUCAUUUAUUUAUUCUUUUGUAGUUACUGUCAUUGAAUGCACGUAUUACUGCAUAACCUUUGGGCAACUUUCUGCAAAAAUUUAUCUUGGAUGCACACCAUGACUAAUUUUUUUUUUUUUUUUACAAUUCCUAAUGAUUUUAAGUAUGCACAGUAAACAGUGUUUUGCAGGGGCCAUGACCACAAAAGCAUCACUGAUAUGCAAGCUGCCAAUUAGAGUGAGGCCUUGCUGACCCAUUUAUUCUAAAGCAUGUUGCAGGUAGUGUUUAUUUAGUUGAAUACACUGAAUUUUGAUUAGCUAAUUAAAUAAACUGCACGAGAACAUUAUGAUAACUAAGACUUACUGAGAGGAGUUUUUAACUCGUUAUGAAACAGUCUCUAUUUAGUACCUAGUGCUUGGGUAUGACCCGCGAAAGCAAACUAGACCAUUAGCCAAUUCUGUCACUGUUAUAUCAACUAUGCCUGCCUCUAUAUUUUUCUCUGAGAGGUUUUGCAGGACAAGUCAGUGAAGUUUCAUUCAUGGUAUAAUGUUUACAAAAUGUCACUUGUGCCAAACUGCAAUGAUUAAUGUAAAGAAAAUCUACACAAUCUAACUAACAUACCCUGCAAAAACCUCUGCAAGAAAAUACUGUAUAUGCUCUAAAAGGUAGCGUAUUUCUUGUACGUACUUCAAAACGAAAUGUUAUGAAUAUAACUUCUGUUCCCUGAAGGAGAGGAACGAGGUACAACACAUAUAGUAUAGUAUGGGAUAUCACGCCCUCGCGUGGCCUGACUGAAGACACCUUUAUUCACGCCUUUAAGGCAGAUGAUCUGUGGUGACGUCUGGGAGGCUCCGCCUGCACAUAUAUACGUGUAACACCACAGUCAUCCUUCAGUUCGAUAGCCGCUCUUCACCGAGCCUAGCUGCGCAGUGGGGCAACCUAGUGUUGUACCUCGUUCCUCUCCUUCAGGGAACAGAAGUUAUAUUCAUAACAUUUCGUUCCCUUUCAGUCGAUUCACUCGGUACAACACAUAUAGUAUGGGACAUAUAUACACGCCCCACAGAGCAGCCACCGAACCGAAGUCAAACCUUCAAAACUUUAGUGCACUGUAGACCCAGCAGAAAGGACAGAGUGAGCCACUGAAGGGGCUGUCCCAUCCAAACAAUAAAACCGAACAAAACUGUGCGGUGAUGAUCAACUGGCUGCAGUGCAGAUAUCACUCACAGAAACCCCUUUAAACAAGGCCUAUGAGGCUGCCAUUCCCCUGGUUGAAUGUACCCUCACACCUUGGGGCAACGGAAGACCCCUGCUGCCGUAUGCUAAGGAGAUAGCCUCCACAAUCCAGCGGGAAAGCUGCUGUUUAGACAGUGCCUUGCCUUAGGCUGGAUUAGCAAAACAGACAAACAACUGGUAACAUAAGCGCACACUCUGAGUGCGGUCUAUGUAAGUGCGUAGUGCACGCACAGGGCACAAGAAAUGCAACCUCCUCUGCUCCUCAGAUGCAAAUGGAGGACGGCAGAAGCUCAGUAGUUCAAAACUCAUAGAGCUAUAGGCUGUGGGGAUAAUCUUAGGCAAAUACGCUGCAUUUGGGCGCAAUGUAGAGAGUGAACUGGAUACAAAAAGGAUGCACAAAGCAUGAAGGUCAUCCACUCGCCAAAGCAAGUAGCAGUGCAGUCUUGUAUGAAAGAAAUUUCAUGUCUGCUGACUCAACGGUCUCAAAUGAGGUCCACCAAGAGCCCCAAGCACCAACCCUAAAUCCCAUGAGGGAACACUGGGUUUAAGCACAGGUCUCAGCCUGCGGACUCCCUUUAGGAAGUGCAUAGUAAGAGGGUGAGCGCCUGGCGACACACCAUCUAAGCCAACAUGGCAUGCAGAUACAGCUGCCAAAUAGACUUUAAUUGUUGAGAAAUAGAGACCCCUAUCCAGCCGCUCCUGAAGGAAUGUUAAAACAUCCACAAUAGAACUUUGAAAUGGGAGUACAUUUCGGUCCUGACAUGCAAUCUCUACUCUCUCACAAGACGACCCCCCUGGAGAGAAGGUCUGGCCCAAGGUUUAAGUGACCCGGAAUAUGUGUGGCUCUGAGUGACAGAAAACGAACACUGCACCAUAGCAACAGAGAGUGAGACAGUUUUGACAGGGGAAGAGAGCAUGACCCUCCCUGUUUGUUUAUGUAGGAAACCAUGGUUGUGUUUUCCGCCCGAUCAGAACCUGAUGGCCCGUCAGAACCGGACGAAAAUGCCUCAGAGCUAAUAGGAUAGCUAAUAGCUCCAGGUAAUUGUUGUGGAGCUUGCAUUAUGCUGGCGUCCACACACCUCUCACUGCUGCGCCCUCGCACAGAGCCCCCGACCCCUCAGGGAUGCGUCUGUGGAGACCACCUUGCGAAAAGACACCCUCCCUAUCGGAGAUCCCCGUUGUAGAAAACCGGGGUCUCUACACGGGAGAAGAGCCGACAUGCAAGACGGAGUUAUCGUCAGCCUCCUCUGGAGGUGACGCUGCGCGCACAGCCGGUGAGACUGAGUCCAGCGUUGAAACGCUCUCAUUUUUAACAGUCCGAGCGGCACUACAGCGAUCAUAGAUGCCAUCAUGCUUGUCAGCUUUAAAAUCGACCGGAAACACAGUUUGCGUCCCAACUGAAAUUGUGCAAAGCAGCGGUGAAACGCAGCCACCCUGCGUUCUGACAGACACGCUCGGCUUGAAACGGAGCAUAUUUCCAGCCCGAGAAAUGAUACCUGUUGACUCGGAGUCAGUGAACUUUUCUGUAAAUUUACGGAAAAAGCCCAGUGUUUGGAUGUGCGAUAGGGUCAAUGACAGCUGAGCCGCCGCUUGCUCUCUGGAGCUCGCGAUUAGCACCCAGUCUUCCAGAUAGGCUUAGAUGCGCACACCUUUCUCCCUUAGUGGAGCCAAUGCCGCCUCGACACAUUUGGUGAAUGUUCGGGGGCGAGUGAUAAGCCGAACGGCAGCACCAGGUAUUCGUAGGCUAUGCCCUCGAAUGCAAACCUUAGAAAGUGCCUGUGGUCCGGAUGAAUCGCUACGUGAAAGUAAGCAUCUGUCAGAUCGAUAGUUGUAAACCAAUCUCCCGGUCUGAUUUCGCCCAGUAGCUGUCUGAGUGUUAGCAUCUUGCACCUGUAAGUUCUUAGGUAUUUGUUUAACACUCGCAAGUCUAGGAUAGGACGGAGCCCUCCUCCUUUUUUCGGAACAACGAAAUAGCGGCUGUACCAACCUUUGUUCGUUUCCGAAGCGGGAACAACUCAUAUCGCUCUCUUGUUCAACAAGUUGUUUAUUUCUUCCCUCAGCACUGCUGCUUCCUCUGCUACAACUGUGUGUAUUACAGUAUGAAAGCGAGGCGGCCGGGCGCCGAACUGUAAACAGUAGCCCAUGGCAACGGUUCUCUCUCCCCACGGUGAGACUGCGCAUGCGCACCACCGGGGGAGACGAACAGUAUGUCGAAUGACCUCCAGUACUGUGGGGGAGGGGUUGUCGCCCUCUAGCGUGCCGGCUGGGAACAGCAAUACUUUCCCGCCCAGACUUGAUUGAUUUAUGAUGUUUUGAGAACAAAACGAAACCUUUAUUAGACUCGAGGAACGCACAUUUGUAACAUUCACUCAGUGAACAACAGGCGCCAUUACUGGGGCAUGUGUGUGAGGGAGGAUUGUGCUUGGGAAAACUGUGUUAAGGGAGUGCAGCGCCUCUCGGGACCGGACCCCUGAACAAACAUUAAACGCGGCCUCUUUGGCGGCAAAAAAUGAAUAUAACCCUGUUGUUUGGGCCUCGCAUCACGCCUGGGAAUGAUGCUGCUCAAAGCUUCGGUUUGUUUUUUCCUCAGCUCAAUCUUAGCCUGAAUGUCGUCGAGGGACUGCCCAAACAAACCGCUGGCCGACACAGGCUCGUCGAGAUAAACCGCUCUGUCCCUCUCCGGAACGUCGGAGAGAGUUAGCCAUAGGUGCCUCUGCGCCACCACCGUGGAAGCCAUGCCUCUACCGAGAGAGAGCGCUGCAUAGCGGGACACACGGAGGAUGUAAUCUGUGGCGACCCUAGCUUCAUUGAGGAGAGGAGAAAGCGGACUGUCAGGACGCAUACUCGAGCCGAGUUCCGCCAGACACAUAGCUUGAUAUGUCUGAAGCAUGGUGACGAGCUCAGUGCACGAGCCGUAUUUGCCUGUGUCCUGUAAAUUUUAUCCAGCUGUGACGCUGAAAACCUGCAGUGCUUGGAUGGGAGCGUGAUGGGGCUACCGACACCAUAAUUCUGGGCCGGGGCCAGAUAAGCUGCCAGGGACGCCUCCAUAGGCGGAGGGUUCACCAAUCCAGCUUUUUCAGCUCCAUCCAGGUCCAGAAACUGUCCACAACCGGGCACUGUGGCGCGGGUGGACAGCGGCUUGUCCCAUGUCGAGGUUAGUUCCGCGACAAAAUCCGGGAACAUGGGCAAACUGUUCUUAACAGUCGUCGGUUCGGGUGGGAGAAAAAACCCCGAGAACCGCGACGGUUUUUGAGCCGGUGGAGGAGAGGGCCAUCCUACUUCCAGUUUCUCAGCUGCAUGGCGGUAGUGAGAGGAGGGAUGUGUCGUCCAGAUCAACCGGCGCAGCAGCGGCGGCAUACUGACCCGAAGACAACGGCUCCUGCUCAUCCUCCGAAAAACCCUGCACAUCUAAGCCGAUGUCCAGCACGUCAUCGUCCUCCUGGUAACAAGCUAGCCCGGAUAGCGGCUGGCCAGCGCCCUCGGUCGGGCCCGGCUCAAAUCCAGCUGACCCGUCAGCACACUCUACAUGGUCUGCCCAGUUUCCAACUGAGCCUUCGACCAGAAAGUCCUCACCACCGGACUCGGGCGAAGCCGGGUCUCUGGACUCGGAGAGGAGGGGAUCGUGCAUUGCAACAGCAGAUUUUCCUAGAAUUUUCUCCACAAACUUGACCCGCCUUCCCAUGGUUGAGCUCCGAAGCCGGUGACAAGACUCACACGACUCGGGCUCAGUCAACGCCCUCCUGGCGUGGACAAUACCCAGGCAAACGGGACAAGCCUCAUGGAGAUCCUUCUCGUGAAGGGAGAAGCCGCACCCCCGAGGACAGGGGCGAACAGAAGACUUCGCCUUCACCUUCAUGGGCUUAGAGCUCAUAACGAGACUCAAAAGCUGAACGAAAUUAGCGCUCCGCGGGUAGCCGUAGGCUAACACCAACAAGGGCAGUUAAGCUAAAAACGAUCAGGCAAUAGCCACAGACAAGACCAGGCUGAGCUAGCAGCAGCUAGUUAGCCCGACUCGGUGUAGGUGUUCUCAGCGAGGUGAAGAGCGUAAGAACUGAAGGAUGACUGUGGUGUUACACGUAUAUAUGUGCAGGCGGAGCCUCCCAGACGUCACCACAGAUCAUCUGCCUUAAAGGCGUGAAUAAAGGUGUCUUCAGUCAGGCCACGCGAGGGCGUGAUAUCCCAUACUAUACUAUAUGUGUUGUACCGAGUGAAUCGACUGAAAGGGAACAAGUUCUUUACGGUACCACCAUUAACCACACAGGCACUGUAUCAUGCAUCUCCCCUCUAAAAAAAUCCAAGCUAGUACAAUGAAACUUAGAGGUCACAAAGAUGAGUGUGUUUAUUUGAAGGACAAAUUUGUAGCGACAGAACGUUUAAUGAUUCCUCUGGUAGUGCGUCCUCAUUUGUCAACAGAGCUGUCAAUGAAUUAUCUUUCCAAAAUUAAAUGACUAAAAGUAAACCUCCCAGGAAGACAAACAUUUAAACAUGAACUGGUUUGACCCGCGUUCCAUCUGUUAACACCACAGAGGUGGGUUUUGUGAUCCAUACUGCAGCCAACCAGUAAAGGGAUAGCUAAAAAAUAAUUUGGCUUUGUAGAAAGUGCAGUCUAAUAGGAACAGUGGAGCACAGAGAUUGCAGGAUGUUCUCUUGACUAUGAUUUUGCUUUUAUACAACAUGGAUAUUAUCGGCAUGUAUUUGAAAAUAGUAUCAAGCAACAGCAGAUAAUUUUUUACUGUUCCACCUACUUAACUAGAUCCAUAAUUCAACAGUAGCUGGCCUUAUGCACUGUAUCUGUUUUGCAUGAGUCUAGAGAUAUCACCUUUUUGUAUCAUCUAUUAUAAUGUUUCCAUUUAUCGUGCAGCCAUUGAAACAAGAGCCUGCUCUUUGAUUCAGAGGUAGCGCCCAAGACAAACAAUGUCCGCUUUAAUAUUACAAUUAAAUUAACUAUAUUCAAAACAUCUAACUAAGUGGAGGGAAACAAAGUGUAAAAUACUGUGGCUGGUGAGGGCAGUCAUGCUGCAAGGGUCCAAACAAUGUCCAUCGACAGAUACUCUCUGUAGUAUCAAACGGAAGUGCUAAAGUUCAGAUCAGACAUGCUCAAGGUCUCUCAGCUACAGUAAUUUUAAUGUCAAUCCCAUUUGCUACACAAUGCCAUUCAAGCAUUUCAACAAUAAAUGCAGUACCUAGUCUUUUUCUCUUCCUCUCAUCAAAUAUUAAUUAUCUAGCUUCGUGUCUCCUAUAGGCCAAGAUCACUCCCACUGGGAUGUUGGAAUUUGCAGUGUUGCUCUUUUGCAUGUUACUUUUGCAGCAAUUUUAGCUGUCUCUGGCAGUGUCUGUGACAUAUCUCACUCUCCGUCAUUUGUGGAUAUGCUUCCUAAUUCUUUCGCCACAAGUUCAGAGAAAGACAGGAGAUUGUUCAGGAAUUUAUUGUGUAUUUGAAAAAUAAAAUCUAUAAAAAGGCCAUCGAAUGUUUUUUAGAGGGCUGUGAAAUGAAUCGGCUAUGUGUGGAAAAACACUGGCAGGGCAUCUGCAGCUACAAAAUCUCACCUGCUUUAUGCCAUUUAGAAAAAAAAAUUCACAUACUUGUCCUGAAUUUUGGAAACAAAAAAGUGCAUUAAAACGUCUUUUGACGGAUAAAUUAUGAGAAACUAACUGCAACACCUGAUUUCGGUAGAUUACAGUAAAAACCCAGACUUCACCGACCAUUUUUUUUUUUGAGACACAGGAUUAUGAUGGUGUGUAUGAGUCUCUUAUAUCACCUGAAAUAACCCUUGGUCAGCUCAUUCAUGACGCUCUCACACGUCAGAUGUUACCAUGGAAUCACUUUUUUUUUCUUCCUGUAGUCAGCAAAGGUUUCUGUGAAUGUGUUACUGUUUUUAUCUUCGUGUGGUUUUAUUUCCUGGUUCGAUAUGCCAGUUCAUAAAUCGUGGUUUAUCAGUUUGCUACGACUCUGUGCGCAGUGGCCUGAACUUAACCCACUCCAACCCACUGAAAAUCUGAUCUUGAGCCAGGUGUCAUAGUCCAACAUCAGCGGUUAACCUCACCAACCUCUAAAUGUUCACAGGACGAGGCUGCAUAGCUGUAUAGCUCACAAAAAUGUUUCACUGCAGAUGUCCAAACAAUGCAAACCACAGAAUUUCCCUCAUCGUUUCUUGAUUUCUGUGUCAGAACCUCCCUUUUACAGAAUUGUCAAAUAUUUUGAACAUUUCAAGAUUUUUUUAAAAACUUUUGAUGAGUGGAAAUGAAUCAAGUGAAAAGAAGUUUAGUCUUUUUUAUAUUUUAUACAAGUAUGCUUCAUUUUCAUAAGAAUUUUGCUGCUGUUGAAUUUGUUGAGAUCAAAGCACUCCAUCUAAUUCAUAAAUCACAUACACAUUCACCACAUACUGCCAGCACAACAGAGAUCUUCUCUGUGCACUAAUUUAAUUUGUUCAUAUUUGAACAACAGUUUUUGCAUUAAUUUGGUUAAAACUGGCUCCAGUUUGUUCAGAUGUAUAGUGUUGCAAAAGCAUCUCAGACUCAGCUAGAGUGAAAAUGAUAAUGUCUGCUGAGAGUUGGUGGUACCUAUGCCACAGUAUCCAUAAGGGAUAUAACAUACAAACUUUCCAUGACACUGACAUUUACACCUUUGGCUGACAUAAAAAGAAUUAUUUAUCUGUGAUAUGGAUAGAGCGAUUAUCCGUUUAGGUUACAAAUACAACAUGUUCAUGCUGUUGUGAUUUAAUGCAGUUUAGAAAUGCUUCUGAUAUGAGUACUAGUGAUGUUCUGACAUCCAUAGCAUGAGCCAAGGUUUAUUUCUAUGUCAUGAGUUAAUGAAAAAACAUUUUUCGGAUAACUAACUCAUGUUUUUCUAUCGUAUAUAAACAGACAUUGCUUCAUGCAUUACAUUGUUUCUCAUUUGUUAGCAUUCUUAAACUGAUGUAUUUUAUCAUUAUACCAAAUGAAGACAACAACAGGACAUCAGCCAGACAAAGCCAGCAUCUGCUGAUGAAAAAACAACAUAGCUCAACCUCUUAAACUAGCCUUUAAGAAUCAGUCUGACAUAAUUGUAAUGAUUUAGGAUUAAAUAGUCAGGUAAUACACACACUUUUUUAUUUGUGUGGAGAAGGAUUAGGCAUAACACUCAUCAAGAAGUUUUUAUUUGAAUGAGCAUCAGGAUGAGAGUGCACAGUGCAGCUCUGUGCGGCAGAGAGAUGCCGGCAGCUCAUUUAUAUAAUCAGACUCUAAAGGAGAGCAAAGUGUAUGGAGCUUCUAAACUUUGAGUGUAUUUUCAAUGGAACGUCAACAUGCUUUCUCAAACUUGACCUUGAGACUGAGUGGAUGAGGAGCAGAUGUGAUGUAGUGCAUGGCUGUUACAUCCUUUUUUUUUAACUACUAAACUCUGAGAGGAUGCUGUAUUUUUAGAGCUACUUUUACGCACUUUUUAGGCAGAUUAGAUAUCUGAGGAGAUUCAGGGGAGGUGGGAUAGUGGGCUCUCAGUUGACAUUAUAAAUACGAUGAAGACAUGAUACAACUGCUGUUUAAUGUUAUGUUCAUUUGUUUGUUUGUCCAUCUGCAGUUUGUGCUGCCCCACAGCCGAGGCAGCUCCCAUGGCCAGACCCGUGUCAUCCGUAAGGCCUACGACCAGGAAUUCUACGCCCAUAUGCUCGAUGAGUGCUACAAGCUGUGGGCUCAGAUCGAGAAAGAGGCUGGCGUCAGACUGUACAGGUACAUUCAACAAAAAUAAACAACCAAACACACACUCUCUCACACACACACACGCAGAAAACCCAUUAAACAGAACAUAACAAAACCCCAGCCAGAACACGGAGAUUUGUCACAUUCAAGGUGCUACGUUCGCACACUAGCAGCGACUCAAUCUGCAGAGCCAUAAAUGCAUGACUUUCUCAUUACCUCCAGCGUCACUGAAUCACCCGGUGACACUCCUGCACCUUUGAGUGUGUAGCAGGGGCCUUUUUCAUCUCGCUGAACCUUUGAUUUUCCUUUGCAGAGCAGGAGGGAAUUUGUGUGUUUAUAAAUAUGACAGUGGCAUCAAACUGCGAGCAACCCUCCAGCAGUGCUUUAACGCUCCUGCUCGCAUUACCUCUGAGCCGCCCUGUUUGUUAAAACAGCCAAGAGAUGGAGAAUACAGUGCUGCAAGAGUGUGGAGUAGAGGCACGGUGAUAAGGAUAUAUCAUUUCCAGUAUCCUGAUGCCAGUGAAUUUUCAAAACAGGCCUAUCAAUUAUUCAAGAUAUUAUACACUAUUAAACCCAAAUGCUUUCAGCCCACAGAGUACUUAUUCAUUCAUGGCCGCUUUGCAAACAGAGACCCCGGUGCCAAGCUGUUUGAAAGAUUUCCAAACAAAUUUGAGCCAUGGGAUUGGAUAAAAUCCUGAAUAUAGGUUUUUCAGAUGUUAUUUGGAUAAAACCUCCAGAAGGUGUGGUGAACUUUGUUGGGAUUAGGAUCCAAAUGAUUUGGAUGAUCAUGUAAAGAGUCAUGCAUUCAGGCUGGAUUUUGUGGAUGAAAUGUCAUAACAUUCUACAGCGGUCAAACAUGAAAAUGUUUUAAGAAGAUAGUAUGGACAGUAAAACUUCUAUAUUUGCACUAAAAAUGACUUGAAAUGAGUCCCCCUUACUGUGAAAUGCCAGAAUAUGUACCAAAACGAAUAGCAAGAAUAUCAAACUAGAGUUGAUCAAGUAAAACUUCCAGUAAUUUUUACAUAUUCUAAAUAAUGACAUUUUCAAAUAAUUAAAUCCCUUGCUCUCUAAUUCUCCUUUGCAGUGUGGUUAAAUUUCUUCACUGACAUAUGAAAUUAUUAAAAAGAUCCUAUGUCCUCUGGCCUGAACAAAAUAGCAGUUCUUGUGUAUUCCUCAAAGCAUGGAAGUAAAAUCUAUUAUUUAUGGUCAAAAUUUUGACGUUGCUGCUUGUCAUAGAUACUUGAAAUAAGAAUAAAGACCACGACUUGAAGUGUGGGAUCAAUAAACUACACUUGCUCACAGUAUUGUUCUUUUCCAGGAAAAUGAUAUAUGAAGUUUAUAAGUUUUUAAUGCAGAAUGGACAGAUAAUAGAUUUAGAUAAUUAACCAUUAAGCAAAACUUAAAAAAUCUUUUUUGCUCUGAAGAAAAGUCAGUGAAAGAAUAUUUGAGUUAAUUUACUUGCAAGAGAAUAAUGCUCUGGAAAACUGCAUAAAUGUUUGCAGUAGAUAAAAUCAGAAUUAUUGCACAUUAUUGAUGAACUCAGUGGUGGAGUGGGUUUAUUACGUUUUAUAAAGAAGAAUACCAUGUGAUGACGACACUCACACACGUGUAAAAGGUUUGCAAGAUAUAAAAAACUAAAGCAAAUCAGUUACAAAAAUCAACAUCACCAACAAGAAUGAGAAUUUGUGCUGGACCACUUCUCUCUCAUUACCACACAUAUAACUCAAUACAACAGUAGGCUACAGGCCAAGACACACACUCCAAUCACACCACACUCACACUGUCAACAACAACUACAGAUGUUUAUUGAAAACCAUAUCAUCACCAAGACAAAAUUACUUACAACACUUCUCUCAUUUUUAUUUAUUUUUUUACUAAAAUACUCGUUUUAACAUGUAAAUUGGCCGCUUCACCUGCUUCUUAUUAGUUUUUAUUAUGAUUAUUUAUUGUUGUAUUUUUGGAACAUGGUGGAAAAAAGUGGGCUGAUGGCGAUCCCCUGUGUCACUCCUGUGUUAACUGUAAUAAUCACAACCCAAUUUAAUGAGAAGUGGUUUGUCGUGUUGAAUGUUUGUAAAAAGAGAUUUUGUUGGCCUCCGAAUCAUUUUACCGUAUGUUAAGUAACCAAGAAAAAAAAAUAGUUUUAUGAAAAUUAGACAGUUGUGUUUACUUUAAUGCAAGCACUGAUGAUUCUCCAUACCAUUAGGGAUACUGGCUUUUAAAAAGUUUGUGCAUUCAUAUUAAUCAGGUUUCUCCACUAUCUGAUUGUUUAAAACCAUAAUACUGCCCAAGUCUAAUUUGAGGCAAUGAAGCAGUAGGCCUGUAGCAGUAUGCAUUUGAUGUGUAAGUCUUAAUUGAGUUUUGAUUUUUAAAUUAAAGUUGUUUUAAUCUUGCUACAAGAAGUUCUUGCCUGUUAUUGCUAUAACUAAUAAUUCAUUUUGCCGUUUUCUUCUGUUUAUAUAUGGACAUAAGUAAUUGGCACAAUUAAAUACACUAAAAUUAUAUUGUUUCAGAAUCAGGAUUGCAAAGGGAAAGGAACGUGCUCAUUGGUAUUACCAAAAAAAAGGAAGAAAUACACGCACCACCCUAUAUGGCUUCAUUAUUCAUGUGUCAGGGUAAUAGUUCAUAAAAACAAGCCACACCCACUUUAUGCUCCAGAGUAACACAGCACACCUCCUCUUCCCCUGUGCACCUGUCCACAGCUGAUGACUGAUGGGUCCACCAUCGAAGGCCACCUGUGCCCUUGGGCCCAUAAAAAAAAAAAAUGUCUGCAUCUCGAUGAGAAAUGAUUGUGAGCAAAGCCUCCUGCUCCUGCUGCCUCCACCUAUAGGACAGAUGGAGCCUUCAAAAAAAAAAAAAAAAAAAAAGGGCCAGAGCGACUAAAACCUGCCCGCGAACCUUUUUAUUUUCCCCACAUACAUGUCAACAUGUGUGCACAUCCACCCUGUGAGCUAGUGCCACCAAUCACCGACCAUGACAGGUAUGGCUAGAUGAGGUAUCAUAUUUACGACCCUACAUACACCCUCGUGGUUUUUCCUUCCCCCGUCACACACUCGUAAACAGCCGAGCACACGGGCAGACUCAGUCAUAAAGUGCUCUGAUGAAUGGCUGCAGCCUUUAGCCGGGGUUGUCUGUGCCUCACGGCCGCUGACAGAUGUCGGAGCAGCCUUUAGAAAACACUGCUAGCAAAGGGCGAGUCGAACAUCUAUCAGGCACAUUAGUGAUUUAGACCCUGUGUUUCACAACCUCUCACUCCGAGGCUCAAUAUCUUCAUACUGAACUGCUGUGAACUGAUGAAGAACUCUUGACUUGUUAUAUGGUCAUGGUUGCUGAAAAACGUAUAAUCAGGAUCAGAAUGAUGCAGAUUUCCAGAUCCACUUUUUAGCUUUUCAAGAACAGAUAAUACAGCUCACUUAUACCAAACAAAACUGGUCUGGAUCAACUAAUAAAUCUCUAAUUUUAUAAGGUCAAAUCAAAACAAAUAUUAUCUCAAGACACUUUUAAAAAGAGCAGGUACAGACUUUACUCUUGGAUAUACCAUUAGCAGAAAACCAACAGUAAUCUACCAUCAAUAAAGAACUUUGCAGCAUUUAGCAAAUGGAUAAAUACAAUGGCAAGGAAAAACUUGAGCAGAACCAGAUUCUUGUUGAACAGAUGUCUUCAGAUGCUCUGCUCGGCUUUGAAAGAGGGACAGAGGGAGAUUCAGGAAGAAAGAGAUAGAUAGAGACAGACAUGAACAACAAUAGCAACUCGUAGUGUUGACUCUGACUAAAGGUUAAAGGGCUAGUUUUAAUGUUGAUGAUGCUAAACGUACUACUGGUAGUAACAGUUAAAUAACAUAUUAAUCUUGGAGGUAAGGUUUGGUAUUUUUGAAGUGGGCCUGUAUGAGUUAGCGGUGACUUUUAAAUGUCCCAACCUUAAUAGAUGGCAGUCGGCUCAGCUUCUUUAAUGAGGAACUGCCAGGAGAUCCUGCACACAGGCUAGGCUACAGUUUUCUGCAGAUGUGCCAAGUCUGCCACAUACGUCAACUAAUUUUUAGAGACUAUGACUAAAGCACUCAUCUCAGUGUAAGUGUAUGCUGUACUGAGGAGGCACUAUAUUUGCCAUCAGGAGGAGGUCCAUCCUUUUAUUACACUGUUUGCGGGUGCAACACAUCUGUGCUUGACUGCCUUCUGAGUAAGAACCAAGGAAGGAUUUCCUGAUCUUUUCCAAUGUGAUUAUCAUUUUUCUUGUUUUUAGAUCAACCUGUUAUCAAGAUUCAAGCAGUUAUGAUCAGAUUGUUUUGGAAAAGAUUGAAUAAAAGGUCAACAGCUUUGAAUGAUUGAGUAAUGGCAAAUUUUGAUGCUAUUAAAUAAAGAAGUGAAAAUUUUAAUAUCUCAUUGUUUGGUUCAAUUUAGAGUUUUUAAUUCACAAUUCCGUUCAAAAUUGAUUCUCAGUUAAACCCUGUUUACAAUUUGCUUAUUUUCAUGUGUUGCGGUUCAUGCAGCUCUUACAUUUGAAGAGGUUUUCAACGAUUGCAGGAAAGUAUAGAAACACAACCAAGAGGAAAAGUAACAUUUCUUUCAUUCUCAACCUGCAAAAAUUAGUUUUUUUUGUACCUUAAAAUUUUUGGUGACUAAAGCAUAAAAUUCACAAAAAGUUAAGGCUAUACACAGUAAAUGGAAGGCUUAGCCCAGAUGCCUCUGUUCUGACUCGGGUUUUAAUUCCCCCCUCAAAUUAAAUUACCUUACAUAAUUUUUUGUGACCGUUACACAAUCACACAUUAAUGCUUCACAGAACUCAGACAUGUUGUCAGACACUUUCUAUCUGUCGCACAUUUUUGAUAGUUUUGCAGAAAAAGAAGCUGCGCACUGAAGUCAGAUAAAUCCACCAGGCUGUCAUAAACAUUGUUUUUGUCUGCAGUGCCACAAUAAGGACAUGUAAUUUCAGUUAAAAGAGGAGCAUGUAUAAUUAAAAGAUCUAUUUUGUUCCAUUUGGCUGAUUAUGGGUCAACACUAACUUGAAUUACUUAAUUACAAAGAAUUAGAUACAAAAGAUGAUAUAAAGCUUGAGAAGAAGAGAAAGUAUAAAGACAGAAGAUGAUAACAGCAGUAUAUUUGGUGGGUGUGAUGAACUCUGAACCCUGGACUUGAGUAACUCUCCUUGAAUAUUUGAGCGUCUGUCUCCAAGGAGAGGAUCUGUUUUCUCUUCCAUAAUACCUCCUCCUUGCUGUCCUUUGUCAAGUGUAAUAGUUUUUUCAAGGUUGCAUAGGAAGGAGGGGCGGGCGUGUUCGUAAGACAAAACCUUGGUUUUGGUGACCCUGAGCUGACUGUCUCCAGCUGCAAGAAGGUAAUAAUAAGCAACAGCUCUAUUUUCGUUCCAUCCAACAGCUGCAGGGACAGCUCCUUGUAGCCAGUUUCUGGAAAACUCAGCUGCAGAUUAGCUUCAGACUUAAAGGUUAAUAGAAAAAUGUCUUUCAAAAUGUCCUUCAAGGUGGUAAAGAACAAAAAAACCAAGCUAAACAUGCUAAUUGCCAAAUAUCCAGUUUGGAAAGAUUCUCUCACUUCAUAUGUUUUUAAGUUAAAAACUAGUGAAGAAACUUUCAUGAUCAUCAUCACAGCUCCUUUAAAUGACAUUUCCUCGGAUUACAACUUCUGCCUCCUGUGGACAAAGCAUAGACUGUAUAUAGAAUGGAUGCCAUCUGCCUCAGCACCCUCUAGUGAUGGGCUGCAUUAUAGGUUAUAAAUCCCACCUCCUCCAGCCAUCCUUAUGGAGCUGUGGACAAACUUUAGAAAUGUAUUACACAGAAUACAAGUUUUUCUCCACCCUGGCUCCGAUGUUGACAUGUAGUUAUUGUAAGACUGGUUUGUGCUCAAGUCCUCUUUUUUUCUGUGCAGCUCCUUUUUUAAAAGUUAUUAGGGGGUUCAUGUUUUCUAUGAUUGACACUUGAUACAGCCUAUGGGUGUACGAGGAUUGCGUAGCUCACCCGAGGGAUACGCUGUUUGAGCUGAGCGUCGUCACAGCGACUCUCUGCGACACUCCUGUAGAUUGCGUACAAUACUACUGCGCAAUGUUGGUUUCAGGAAAUGGAGAAAAUGUGGAAUUACCAAGAGCUUUUCAGCUUCAAAUCAGUAUACUGGCGGAAGGCGAGACCAAGUUGUCCAUAGUAUAUUCAGUCUAUGGGACAAAGCAAUGCACCUGACUCAUACCAGGCAGGAUUAGACAAAACCAAAUUACUACAACCUCAUUCCAAAACAGGUUGUUUUGUUAAAUGCAGACCGGGUCAGUGUAGCGCCUGAACUCUCCUACUAUGGAGCUGUGUGCAAAAUCUUCCUGUUGUAUUUUUAAAGGUCUUAUCUGGACGAUAGCUUUUCUUACUCUAAAACCGUACUUUUCAGCACAAGGGCCAACCUCCCAGAUUUCUAAAGUACCCAUUACAUAGGCACUUGUCCACUCCCGUACCACCACAGAUGCCAGCUUUUGAAUUGUGCACUGAUAACAACACAGCAACCAUAAAGUACGUCAAAUUUUUGUAAAGGCUUAGGUCCCAAGAAGUAUAAGUGUCUCUGGACCUUAUUUAUACUUUAUAAGGUUCCCUCUUUGUAAUUGUGGAUGCAGUGACAAAUUGUGUUUUAAAGAUGCUGGUUUUUAAAUGUAAUUUUGAGCCAAUACUGUGAUUGCCACCACAGACACAAGUGUUACUUCAUUGCAGUGCUGCCUAAGGGUUGGUAGCUAGAAGAUCACCCAGAAUUAGUCUUAAGCCUGGCCCUUUGUGUGAAGAAUCUUUUUAAUGAUAUUCUAUGCUCAAGAUUAUAAAAUUUCCUAUUUCAAGUUUCUUUAGCAGAAUUUAUUGGUACAUUGUGUCAAAUACUUCACCUGCACUCAUGCUAGUUUGGCAUCAUAUUAUCAUUUUGCUCAUCUCUUCUGUGUUUCUGUCCCCAUCAACUGCCGUCACGUCAUCUUAUCUCUGAUCCUCAAAAUGCUCACCACCUUGGCUAAGAUGAUCCCCUCCAUCUGCGCUGUCUGUAUGGGUGCAGAUCCAGGAUACCAGUUUGCAGAGAUGCGAGUUUUGGAAGGAGCUCUGUCUUUACAGCUCAUUAAACUGUUUUUAAAAAGUAAUCUUUUAAGUUGGUGAAGUUCCUGCUCAUCCAUGUUCAGUAUUUGCUGUGCACUCCAAGUCUUCCUGUGAAUCCAAUACUUUUAUAUGAAUUUAAAAUAUUAUUUUUUGAUUAACUUCUUUAGGAUAAAUUAAAUUCUCUAGUAACCACCAAAAACAGGAUAGUUUUUCAUUGUGCCUGUAAUUUUUCUAAAUAUGAUGUCUCCUCUUUUGUCUUCCCUAAUCUCUCCUCUCAGACAAACGGGCCUUCUGGUGAUGGGACCAGAGAACAGUCGGUAUUACGAGUUGGUUAAGAACACCUUGCAGAAGAACAAGGUCCCCAUGGUGGCCCUGACCCGGGAGAACUUCAGCAAACACAUCCCUCUCGUCAACCUGGAUGAGGGUCAUGGAGCAGUGGUGGAAAUACCAGCUGGUAUUCUGUAUGCUGAUCGUGCAGUGAAGACCGCACAGGUACGACACAUACAAGUGAGAGUGAGUGGCCUGUGAAGGUUCAGAAAUCCAUGAGUCAUUUUUCCUUACACCAGAUAAAAAUCAUCCUGAUUCCUACUUCUGUUUACAUGGAUGCUUGAUGAAGUGACCAGAUUAGAUUCUGUCAUUAAGUAGUUUUUAUUAUACCUAUUAGUGGUUCAUUUAAACAGCAAACAGGUAGGUCAUGUUGAAGUACGAAGUGGGCUGAGACAAAAGCAAGUGUUUGUUUGGGUUCAAGCCCUCAGCUAUAGUCAAAUGUUUGCAGGUUUCUUGUUCAUGCUUACUGGGAUACCAAAUAAGAACACUAGUUCAUUAUCUUGUGAGCAUAAAUUACUAACCAUUACAAAUGCAGCAGUGUAGAGAUGCACAACACUGGGGUUUUGCCGUUAUCAGAUGCACUGAUACUUUCAAACACCUGUAUUGUAAUAGUACUGAUAUAGAUGUAAACACACCCUUCUCUUUUAUUGUAAGCAGUACUGAGCCUCUAUUGUAGUAGAAUUUACCUGUUACUUGUUUCAUGCACUAUUUAGACCAAUGCAACAUUAACCUCUGUGUUGUAGGAACACUAUCAAGCAAUUAGUUUAAUUAUUACUUUCUGUGUUCAAGCCUUUUCUCUGCCUUAUUGCACCUUUAAAGGUUGGCUGUAAGAGACCUAAAAUGCUUCUGUUGUACUUAAGAAGGGAAUGUUUAGGCCUCUGAAAUCACAAACCCCAUGAGUGUGCAAAUGUACUUCCCAAACCACGCAUUACUUUGUACACAUAAGUUAACUACUUUUAUGUAACAUAUCAAAAUAACUUGUAGAUGCAAAAAUACCUUACUUCCUUGUAAGGCUGGGCAAUAAACCAAUAAUGAUAUAUAUCAAAAAUUAAUUUCCCUUGAUAUCGAUAUGAAACACAGUCAAUAUGCUUUUCGAUAGCCGGCAUUCUGCCAGUUUUUGGUAGACUAUACAAAUGGCCAAUGAAAAGGGGAGUUGCUCCGGGUCCGCUUCGCCCUGAACCAAUUAUGUGCUGAAUUAGAACCAAGUAGCAAACAACUGCAGCUACACGUAACCAUAGCACGCAACAAGUGAAGCCGGCAGCACUGUCAGUGAGAGAAAAAAAUAAAACGAGCGCUACCCCUGGCAGAAAAGCAGAUGAAUGCGAAGCAGCCCGUGAUGCCUGUACAGACAAAACAGCCGACCACCGCUAUCUCUGGCCUUACGACAAAAGUCCCAAGAGACACAAAGACCUCAGAUGCAGUAGCUUAUUGUAUUGCAAUAGACAUACUACCAAUAAGCACUGUUAAAUUUCAUUUAAGAGUAACAGGGAAUAUUUAAGAUUUACGAAUUAUUUUUUUAUAUUGUGAUAUUUAUUGAUAUUGACCGAUGUGAAAAAAUAUAUUGUGAUAAAUGUUUUCCCAUAUCGCCCAGCUCCACUUCCUUGUUUGCAAAAGAAAUUAAUAUGUGUAUGUAAUACAAUUAGAUGUGUGUUCAGGUUGAUAACUUAUAUUCACAAGAUUAAAAUGAUCACCGUUGCAGGACUUUAAGGGCCCACAGAUUACAUUAAGUCAAAGUAAUGAGUUUUAAAAGUUGAAACGUUUUUCUUAUCUCAAAGUCAGUGGGUUCGUAGGAUCUGAUCCCUUCUCUCCUUUCCUCCAAAACAGACUACCCUUUUGCAUACAUUUCUUGCAAAUGCAUGCUAUUAAAUGCGCUAUUUAAUUAUGCAUGCAUCACCAGCAAUUUACCAAUUAUGCUAUUCAAAAGUUACGCCAAUUAAUAAUGGACUGUCCUGCUGGAUUUCUUUCAAAGAGCAGUUUUCUCAUGGAAGUGAUCUGCAGCAUAAAAAUGUUCCUCUGAAACGGACCUGCAGGUAAUGGGCGCACAUAAAAGUGAUGAAAGAUUAAAGAAGCAAAACAUUUUCUGAUUUCACAGAUAGAGAAUUUGCCUGAAUAAUACCACAAUGUGGAUAAUUGAACAUAUUUCAUGCCCAUUGUUUUAAUCUAAUAAUAGCUCAUGCCAGGAAUAUCUUUGAGCAAUAAAUUCACAUUAGUGGGCUGUGUCAGUGCUGAGAGGAAGCAGUGGAGGAGAACAGACUCCUGCACAGUUGCCAGGUCAAGCACAAAAUGCUGCUUUGUUAUUUCAGGGAGGUGCCAUUUUCAAUCGACAGGACAGAUUGUACGGCCGCCUCUUUGUGGAGCAGCAGUCAAUUAUAAAUUAAAGCUUAAAGUGACAGAUGUGUAAUAGAUCUGGAGAUCAUUGCUUUGUGCAUUUUCAUGCCACAGCUCUUUAAUAGCGCCUCGCCUGUGAUAUUAUGUCUUAAUAUAUGAAGCAAUAGAUCUGUCUUGUUGAAUUACUCGAGGCAGCCAUGACUCUUAAUGUCUCAUUUCAUUGUUUUUAUGAAAACAAACUGGAGUUAUUUUCGCUUACAAUUUGUUACUUAUAGAUAACAUAUUAAUAAUGCAAAAACACAUUGUAAAAGAGGCUGUUACUGUUGUGAAAGAAAGUAUGACCACUGACCUUUUUUUAUUUAUAUGUGUAGUUUAACUCUUUAAAAUAAAUCGAGGGAGGCUCAAGAGCUGUUUUAGCAGACAUAACUGAUGAUCACUUAAUGUCUAAAAGAGUUGUUUUCAAAGUUUUAUCAUCACAUUAGUUGCCUCUUUCCCUCUUUUCCAGGGGCAGUUUCAGAAGCUGGGUGGGGUCAUUCGAGAUAAUGCGAUGGUGACCGACAUCAAGCCUGGCCCUCUGGUUACCGUGGUAACCUCUUCAGGUGUUUAUCGAGCUAAGAGUUUGGUUAUCACUGCUGGACCCUGGACAAACAGACUGCUGGCACACACCGGCUUGGAGCUGCCUUUGGAGGUAUCGAACGACUACUCCUUAUGAUGUUUAUUCAGCAAAGUUGUUCCUUAUAGCAAAAUACGUUCUUUGUGACACUGUGGCCUUAAUUCUUUUGUUAUAAGCACAACAAGUACAAAACUGAAUAACAACAAGAGUCAUUAAUAUUUGAAAGAAGUGAGCAACACUUUAACACAACAAUUUUAUACCAGAAAGUGCAACAUUUAAUUUAGGAGGUGAACAUGGUAAAAAAUUAUACUAACAGCAUUGUAUUUUUGUUAAUACUGAUGCUUUUAACUUUAAUUUUAAGUUUUAUUUUUCAUUUUAAGUCUUUAAAAUGGCAUAAAUCUUCAUAAAGCCCCUUGAUUGUAGAUGUUGCCAGUGGAUUUUUUGCAGCCUGUGGCUGUAAAACAGACCAUAAUGGUUGUAACUGUGUCUUGUAGGGUAAAUUUACUGACUAGAAGUUUUUGUUUUUGUCACUGUCAGGCCCAGAUUGUCAUUUUCACAGACUGACAGUGUAACAAAGAUGAUCCCCUACAUAGAUAGACUGCUGUAUUAGGGAGAAAGAUGAAUUUUUUUAUGUUACCAAAUCUGCUGUAAAAUCACUCCUUAAUGAAGAAAAGCAAUAAUCUUACCUCCCAGACUACAAAGGUUGCUGGUCUACCACUGCCCGAGUCAGUUAGUUGGUGAAUUCCUCUUUUUUUGACAUACUCAGUUCAUGCAUUCACCUGCAGAGACACACGAGACAUACGUUUUAGAAGUAUACAAGUGUAAUGUUUAUGUGUACAGUUUUUUCGGCAUGGUAUGGCUUUCUUGUUCAACUUACUCAGCUUUUGUACAUUACUAGAUGUACUAACCCUGCUCUUUGUAGAAUUUCUGAUAAAUAAAACAGAAAAUUUUGACCGUGAGAUCUUAGUAAGUACCUGGCAGAGAGUGUGUACUUCAAAUCCACCAAACACCAUGAAGAAAAACUAUAAUUUUACUUCACUGGAGCUAUUUGUCUAACCCUGCUUUUAUCUCUCUGUUGCACCAUUAGGAUCUAACCCUGUGUAACCUUUAACAUGCCCCACUCCACCAUAAACCACAGUGCAUCACUGCUCCAUAUUUAAACAGCUCAGAGUCCUUAGUCAGCAAGGGGGUCUUAUCCGUCUCACAUUAUGCCACACAGCCUUAGAAAAGACGGGGUGAUGGAGAAACAAACAGACGGCUGUUAAAGUGGAGAAUUGGAGUUGAUAUUGCAAUUGCAUUAUUCAGGCUGCAGCAGAGUGCGGGGUGGCUGAGGGAAGCCAUGCCUGAGCAAACUGGUAGAAAACCCCAUCUCUGAGCUCUGCCUGAUUUUUAUGGUCCCUGGGAAUGAGUGCACGGACGGUUAGUUCAUUACACUGAAAGCUCCUGAACAAUGUGUCCUUAUUAUCAGGCCCCUCAGAUGGACGUCGUUUGUACAACCAUGUGUACAUUUCAUUAAAUCCUCACUCUCAUUUCAACACCGCUGAGCUGUUUUUAUAAUCGCGCUUUCUAUUAGACGGGAAAAAAAGUGAGGAGGAGGAGGUGUUAAAAGGUUUUUUUUUUUUAAGAGUUUACCACACUGUAGUAUUAAAGCUGCUUGUUUUGUGCCAGCAUGUUUUCAUUCAAACUGUUUAUUGUAUUUUUAACUUUUCUUUUUUGAAACGACAUGAACUAUCAAAAUGCCAGUGUAAAAUACCAAACAUUUCUGAUGAUGAUUUAAAGCAAGGCUACCUGUUAGAGAUGAUGGUGAUGUAUCAGAUAGAGCUGUAACACUCUAUGUUACAAUACUGUGUUUUUGGCUCAGCAAGGACAAACAAAUAAAAGGGCUCUAACACAGCAUGUACUAUGUGGCUGGUUCCCACACUUUUCCUGAUGUGUCUGCUGCAGGUGGAAAAGAUCAACGUGUGCUACUGGAAAGAGAAAGUUCCUGGAUCUUACAACAUUAAGAACCGUUUCCCCUGCUUCAUACAGACUGAGUGUCAGGAUACCAAAGAGCACAUCUAUGGCCUCCCCUCCAAUGAGUACCCAGGUCUGAUGAAGGUAAGUCACAGUGCGAGACCCUCCAAGUACCACCUUUUUUGGACAUUUUCCUUUUUUGUUAGAUAGGACAGCUGCUGCUAGACCAUCAGUAACCCCUGUGUAUCACUUUGUCUCGCUACAUUCAGGUCUAAGGUUCCUUUUUUUCCUCAGUUUCUCUCCUGCUUUGUGAAAACUGAACCACAGAGGUGUCCUAAAUGUUUACUUGUAGUCAAUUAAAAAUCAAAAGAAUUCUAAAAAAGCAUCUAAAAAAAUCAUGAUGGUGGAGUUUGAGUUUUUAACUGCUUGGUAAAAUGGUCUAAAUGAGGAAUGAGUUACCACAAUAGUACUUGCAAAACCAACUGUAAAAUAUGUUUUGCCGUGUUAGUUUGUUGUGUUAUUUCUGUGAGUUUCACUGGGUUUGAUGUCAUGAGAUGGCACGUCUCUAUUCUGAGCAUUAUGGUGGAGCAGCAGGAGCUCGCAGCCUAAUAGCAGACCACAUGCACAGAGGAGAGGAGGGGACAGAUGGCGCUGACACGUCCCAUUAUUCACUCCGAGCCAGUCACCACAGAUACUGUAUGUGCAAUAUUUAGACCAUUCAGCACAGGUUGAAAAAAAAAGGGUUGUAAUAAUUACUCCCUAAAGUUUAUUUAUUGUUUUUUUUUUCUGUUUUUUUAUUGUUUUUUUUGUUUUGAAAUGCAACUUGUCAAAAAGUUUUCUAAGUAGAAAAUUUUAACAAAGGAAAAUAGAGAGUGCGGGUUUUUAUCUGUCAGCCUCCUCACUGUGCUGUGAGUCUCUGUGUGAGUCUGUUUGUGUCAGACCGGCUGGCAGCAGCAGGAACACUAAAGCAGUUGUGUGUGUGUGUGUGUGUGUGUGUGUGUGUGUGUGUGUGUGCGUGUGCGUGCGCGUGCGUGUGCGUGUGUGUGUGUGUGUGUGUGUGUGUCAGUCAGCCCUCUCUUCUUUUCUUUAGUAAUUUACCUUCCUAACUGGAAACGACAACGUAGACAAAAACAAGACGCUAUUUGUGUUAAAUCAAUAUCACUGUGCAAGAGAUAUUACCAUUGUUUUAAAAAAUCCUAGAUUAAGCACUGAUGAAACUAACUGUUGGAUUGAAUCCGUUUUAAUUGCAGAAACUGAAUUUUUGACGAAUGAAGGUUUUGCAUUUGUUUUGUAUUUUUGCUACCAUCCUGCACAAACGACAAAAGAAUUUCAGAGGUGUGUGAAUUGUGUGUGCAGAAAGGCUACGGGCUUUGUGGUAAAUGGAGGUGCACCAAGUUGCACCAAGAUAGGCGUGCAGUGCAGUAGGGGAAGGUGUCGACAGAAUCAGCUGGCGUUUUGACAAAUUCAUGCCCUCUGGCGGCGCAGAGAGUGCGCUGAUAGCUCGCCGGUCCCGACUCGGUCAGCUCUCAACGCAGGCGGAGCGCAGUUGAUCAAGUGGAAAAUUCAUAGAACCGGGAAGCAGUACGCACACCUCAAAUACAGGCACAUUUCAGUGCAAUAAAUAACAACAACCACUAUUAAGUGCAACUAUCUGAGUCGGCACAUACACUUCGAUCUUAUAUAUUCUGAUCUAUAUCUUAUCUGAUAAGCAUGUUUGGCACGCUUAACCUGACCAAAUUAACACUGCUGAAACUGUAAUGCUGAUCAUUAAUUAUUCAUAUUAAAUAUCCAAUUAACAGUCACACAUGAUGGCGUUAACAAGAUAUGUAUUGAGUCAAAGGUCUUUUUAAACAAAGAAAAAGUAUCUUUUAUAUUUGUCAUUAUAGAUCAUAACAGUUAUGAUACAAUAAGAUACACUAUGGUACGAUGCAGGACUGUCUUGUGGUCUAAGAAGUCCAAUUUUGACCUAUUUUUGGAUAUCAUGGAUUCCACAUCCUUCUCCCAAGGAGAGGGGAGGGACCUCCUGGCUUGUUAUCAGUGCAUACUCCAAAAGCUAGGUGGCACAGGGAUGCAUCAGUAUGAGGGCAGCUUACACAUCAAGGAAGGCCCCCUUAAUGCUGAAUAAUACAUAGAGGUUUGGAGCAACGCGUGCUGCCGUCAAGACAAUGCGCUCAGAAAAUGCAGCAAAAAGAUGACAAAGACACAUUUUAAACCAAACAAAACAGCAUGUCUGCAAAAUAGGAGAACCCAGGUGCUACACUGGCCUGCCUGCAGAUCAACAUUUCACCCACUGAGAAAUUAAAACAAUGAGGAAAGACCAGUGUAUAACCAGUGAUAAAAACUACAACAAAGGAGACCCGCAACUGUUUAGCAGCUAAUUAGGUCCAGGUCUGCCUUCUCUUUUUAAGUCCUCAGACUGGUGUCCUCAGAUCAGAGACAUUUACAAAGUGUUGUUAAAAGACGAGGUGAUACAACACAAUAGUAAACAUGUCUCUGCCCGAACUGUUCAUGAUGAGGGUUUUUUUCUGGUGUGCAAGGCAGAAAGUUCUCUUUAGUAUCGUCUCUGUGUUAUUUACUUCCACUAAGGUGUUGAAAAAUUUAUGAUGUCCUCAAAUUAAAUGUAAUUUGUUACACAUUAGGGUUAAAAUGGAAAUAUUAUGAAUUAGUGUAAUUACCUACAUCUAGACUUAAUCAUCAGAUUAAACUAAUUAGUUGCUCUGCUGCCUUGUAAUUUAAUCUGAUAAUCAUGAAAAGUUGAGGAGCUGCUGAAUAGCCAACAGAGCAAAGAGCUUCUGGUGCACCUGCUCCUUUGAACAGCUACAGGUAUGCAGUGCUCUUGUACUCCAGCGGGUUCGAGUUGAGUUUGUCAGUAGUCUUCCCUCUGUGUGCAGGUUUGCUUCCAUGCCGGCUUUGAGACAGACCCGGACCAUAGAGACAAGCAGAAAAACACAUCUGACAUCGACAUCCUGCAGCGCUACAUCGCCCGCUGUUUUCCCGGCCUGGACCCUCAGCCUGCUGUGGUGGAGAGCUGCCUGUAUACGGUGAGUAUGCACACUGUAUAUCUACUCUAUAGGUGGUUUACGCCAUCUGAGAGCAUCAAAUAAGAUAGAGGUCUCAGAGGCUGAGGCCUUGUCAGAAUCAGGAAAUAUCAGAGAAGCUAAAACAGGGUCACUAAUGAUACUAAUUUAAUGACAGAUAAAUAUAAAAUAUGUUACAUUGAAUGAAAGGAGAAUAAAUGUUUUUUUAUCAACUGAUAUCAGUGGUGUACAGACUCACAAGACACACAUUACAUAGACAGUUAUUGUUUAUGAUCAUUUACAUUCACACAGUUUAAGAUUAUACCAAAAAUGAAGUUGUAGUUUGAGAUCUUUUAGCUCUUUAGCAUGAAUGAACAUCAGGUCAAAACACGCUAUUCUCUCAGUUGUCAGCAGAAUCUUUGAGGCAGCAUGACAUUUAAAUGUUAUAAAAAUGUCCUCAUGUACUCGAAGGAUAUUAAAAUAUGGUUAAAUUGCUCUGACAUUUAGUCAAGUCCUUCACUGCUAACACUAUGACUUGGUAAAGUAUGUUCACAUCAGUGUGGUUUUAGUUUCUAACAGUCUUAUACAAAAAGAAGCCUUUGAAAAUGCAGCAAUGUUUUGAUGUUAUUAGUCUAAUUUUUGAUCUGAAAUAAAUCAUAGCGAGAGUAUUUAUCCUUUUUCCUUUUCCUUUUUGUCCUCAAUGUUUACAUCAUAACGUUACAUCUUUAAUCAGGGACAGCCUUGAUUUGAAGUUGUUCUCAAUAAUCAGUAUCAUUUGAUCUGAAAUAAAAACAUCAGAGCUGGACUUUAAACUUUAAAGUUGCGCAGUCAAAUCAAAUUAUAUUUCAGGAGAAAUGACACGGUAAUGUUUAGAAUUAGGGAUUGAAUAUGUGGAUUUACUUGGGCAAAUAAAACAUCUAUAACCUGUUUUUGAUGGCUGAAACCUAUAAUCUUAUAUCAAUAUUUAAAAGGUCCUGACAGUAAUAAAAGUGCAUCAUCAGCAAAGGCGUCGAUUUGUCUCUCACCAGGCUGCUGAACGGCUCAUGCCAUAUGAAGUGAGGAGCCUUUUGAUUCUAAUUUACUGCUGGUUGUGACUGUCCUCAGGUGUUGGAUUGUGUUCAGGCCAUAAAGUGCUGUGUUUUUCUGAGUUUGUGUUUGUGUGUGUUCCCUGCCCUCCAGCUCCACAGCGAGCAGCUUUCACCAUCAUCACACGCUGCGGCUGUGUGAAAGCAUAAUUUCUGUGACCUUGUCCAAUGCCCCUGAAAUCCUGACAGUCACGCUCCUUUCUCACAUCACAGCGUCUGUUUUGUUCCAUUAACAGAGACUCUUUAAAGAGGACACGCAGUGAAAUUACAAACGUCUCUGUGGUUUGGUGGAAAAAUGUGCCUUCUGUCAGAGGUCAUUAUGCAAUCCCACCAUAGACUCUGUAAUCCAGUUAAACACAUUUUUAAGCACAUUUUCCACAAAGACUUUGACAGGAACAGCUCCGAGGCCACACGACCGUGAGGAGGGAGGGGGGGCGUGUGUGUCCUUGUGAAAUGUUCCCAGGACUGUUUGCAACUGUUCUGUUCACUGUUCAUGACUGCAUAAAGAGGAAAAAGAGGCAGGAAAUGGAGAGGCUGCAGAACUCUUGACUUAAUGUGCCAAAUGUGCUUUUGUCAGAACAUCUGGCUUCAGAGUCAGAAUGAGGGAAAACAGCCCCGGUUCUAAGUAGAAGAGUUUAGACUGAACCGCUCUGGUAAGCUUUUUAGUACUUGCCUACUAUGGUUGAAUAACGAAAUCAGUUUCCCUCUUGUACCUCUGCGCUUGGCGGGCUUUGGUGCACGUUGGGGUGUGGCAGGAGUGGGGAAGUGGAGCACUUUUACAAUGCAACAAUCCGAUUGAGUGAUGUUGGGUUUGAGUUAAACUGCAGGACACACUCUUUGACAAGCUGCCAUCAGUAGAUUUUAUAAUUUUGUUCACAUAGUCAAGUCUUUUUCUACCUCUAAUUUUAAUAAAUAAAAAAUGGUUGAUGAAAUAACCUGAGUGUAACCUCAGAAGAAUCACUUAAAAACAUGUUUUUCAGUCGCCAGAGUUAGAAAACCUGCUAUUACUGCACUAUUGAAUUUUAUUGAAGGCCAGUCUCUUUUGAGCGUCUUCUAUUUUCUCUCCGAACACUUUGCAGCAACCGUGCUCAAGACUGAAACUGAAUAAUUUGUUGUACAUUAUCAUCAGUUAUGAUUAAAGCUAGGACAAAACUUACCAUGGUUUGAUGUAUGAUAUUUAAAGACCUGUUGAGGGUUUCUGAGUAAUUUUGCACAUUAAUGCUGAUGACUUAAAAAGUAAUUAUGAAAUUCAUCAUGUGACUUUUCAUUAUGAAGUUCUUGUUAUCGAAAAAUAUGUGACUUUUGAGAUAUUGUCUGUACAGUUAUAGACGUCUGAAACAGUCUUGACCUGGGAUUACUGCAUCAGAAUUGAGAUACUGAAAUCCUAAAUUGACAGUGACUAAAAGUUACACUAAAAGAUUACCAGUGGUUAUUUAUGUAUUUAUGUACACAAAUCCACAAGAACUAAUCCAUUAACUAAGAAAAGAUUUGCAGAUAUUUUCUAUUUUAUUGGACAGAUGUAGUUGGUAAGAAUAUUUACUUUGGUUUCUGAUGAGUCAAAAGAAGAAACUUACAUCUGUUUUUACUCCUUCUGCCAUAAACUAGCAGGAUUCAAAUCAAAACUCACCCCUUUCCAUUAUUUAAUUGACAGUCUUGAUAUUUUUUCUACACGCUUUUUGCUUGAUCUCAUUUUGUUUUUGUACUUCGCAGCUAACACCUGACCGUAAUUUUGUGCUGGAUCACCACCCUGCCUACAGUAACAUUGUGAUUGGAGCAGGAUUCUCAGGUAACACACAACAAUACAGCACAUUAAAACACAAAACAACUUGUGAAAAUAAUCUCAGAAAGUUGACAUCAGAGGUAAACUGUGCAUGUUUGCAUUGACAAUCAUUCCCCUAUCGAGACAAAGUGCCAACUAUCAAGUUUCAGCUCCUGUAUUAGCCCAUGAAGGGGGAAGUAAGUGGCUGUAUUAUGGAGGUUAGCCUUUAAAUAACCGUCUCUGAUCUCCACUUACUAGAAGCUACAGCCCAAUAACAAGUGAACCCAGCUCUCCUGUUUACUGUGAGAAUAAAUGGAGAACAAUAAAGAAGCAGCAGCAUCAGAUCCGUCCAGUUAUAUAAAGCAGACAUGUGAAUUAAUAUAUUUUAUUAUUUUUCACACAUUAUCAAGUUAUUUUUGAGUUAAAAAGCUUUGAGUCUGUAUAUUUAUGUUGUUUUUAAACCUUCAGAUCAAACCUUCAGAUAGUGAUAGUGGUAACAUUUGCUCACAGUUUGUGGAUAAAACAUUUUCUAUUUUUCAAACUGAUGUCAUCCAGCUGUUCUGCCUGAACUUUCUGUGAUUUAGGUUUCAUGUCAGAGGAUCUUACACCUGUUGCUGUUAGCUAGUUUGCACCUGGUGAGCGUAAUGGCAGCUUCAGACACGAAGCGAGAGUUGAGUAACGGUGGCAGCUCCGGCCUCUGCCCAUUUCACCAUUUUCACACAUGCUUUCUGCACAUGCUGCAACUGCCAGCCCUGUCUGUUUUUAUACACUUCAAAUGUCUCAGCUCUAUAAACAUCGGGGCAAAAGGACAUGUGAUGGCCUGUGAGUUACAGCAUGCAUGUGAAUAAAAUCAUAUAUUCCUCACUGAACAAACUGUUUGCGUCACAUAAUGAUUUUUAUGGUUAAGCUUGACGUAAACAAUCGUAUGUACAUUGUAGAUGAGUCUUUUACAUUAAAAGUACAAAAACAGGAGGGUGUCGCAAGAAAGAGAAAGAGGGGGAGUGACAGGUAGGAGGAUAAAAAGAGGGGGGCCAGAAAACUGUGCUCUCUCAACAAUGGCAUAUUUUCAGAUUGUUUCAACACCAAAACUACACAAAAACUCAAGAAAAAGACUUGGGAAGUUGUUAAACAGUAAUUUAUCUCAAGAACUUGACAAGUAAUUUGUCUUAUGAUGGCGAUUCAGCAAUACAGGUCUUUUUAUUGGUGUGUAAUAUCUAAAAACGAGAGAUCUUACUAGAUUUGUCAGGUGAAUGUGGUCUACAUCAUGCCAACUUUGACAUUUUCUAAAGUUUUAAGUUCGGUUUUUGGGCAUUUUGUUCUUGUUUAGUUGUUCUUUGUUAGAUAGGACAGCAGAGGAGAAACUGGAAAUGCUGUAGCAGGGGAAGGCAUGAGUUUCAUGCCUGAAAAGUGAACCAGCAACCGCUGCAACAAGGACUAUAGCCUUCAUACAUGAGGUGUUUAAACCGCUAUAGCAUGAGCACCCUGAAUAAGACAUUUAUUACUUGAAGUAGGAUGGAAACGUGCUAAAAUGUGUGUUUUUGAUGUGUAAAAUGACUGCUCUAGUCAAUGGAGUUUGAUCUGGAGGUCACACAUGAGCAAAACUUUAACAAAGAGGUCUGUUUGUGUUGAGAACCUUUCUAUAAUGUUACCAGAUACUCAACGAGAAGCCGAGAAGACAUUGUUUUUAGUGUGAAUCUUAAGGAUUUCAUCAUUGCAGUUUAACAUCAGGGCCUAAUGGAUGUCUGUUUAAUAUUUCAAGACAACCUGUUGAUUGGUUACUGAAAUGUUGGAGUCCAAACCAAAUUGGUGGAGUUAGCUCAGAGCCAUUCAAGAAUGUUUCGUCAUUUUCCCGAUGUUUAUGCAUCCAUAAAAAAUCUAUGAAAUCACUGAAAUGAAAGGAACAACAUUUCUGUCUUCCUGGGCUGCUGGCACGUGUUCUCCAUUAGGCUGUUAUUUCACCAUUAUCCUUUAAAAGACAAAAUGCCAUGAGGACAGCCUUAAAAAAGUUCAUGAUAACACAGAGUCUGUGUUUUGAAGCCGGUAGAGUCGGGUAGAAAAUAUCGAUGUCUAAAUGAAAAUGUCAGCAGCUCUACAAGACAAAGAGCAGCGUGUAGUGUAUCUGGCACCUUGUACACCAGAUGUGUGCUGAUGAGAGCCGGCGCCAAAACAGCAGUGGCAGCAGCUAAAUGAAUCAGGAUCACUUGUUCUCUUCCUCACCCAGGAGGAGCUCAGAGCUGAGCAGCCAAGUGGAGCUCAGACAGAAAAGGCUCCAGAGUUACAUGUUUGUGACUCUGCUGGUCAAAAGAACAACAUCGUAGAUGAAGAAGAGGAAGGGUGGAGAUAUCAGAGCUCUGUUUGAAACAGGUCAGAAUUUGAGAGGGGGUUUACUUGUGAAUUUCUCCUCUCCUUUGACUGCUGUGAUCUUACAAACUAUGUAUGAUUGGACAAAGCUGAGUGCAGGGUUACUCAUGACACAAGUAAAUAUGACAAGAUGUGGUGCGCUUUGAUGUAAAGUACAGUACACAACUGCUAUACGGUAAAAAAAAACAUACGAUAAGAUAUAUUAUAGGAUAUAAUACAACAACACCAGACAUGUACCAUAUGGCAGAAUACCAAACCAUACCCUACUAUAGGGUGCAAUAUAAAUAAUACCCUCAUGAUACCAUAAUGAUACAAUACAAUAUGACACACUGCAAUACAACAAGAUAUCUAUCCAUCCAUUCCCUUUACCGCCUCUCUCAUUCAGGGUCACAGGGAGGCUCAUCCUAUUCCAGCUGUCAUUGGUCCAGAGGUCAGGUACACCCGUCCUCUAAGCAGGCAGGUGAUUUACAGUGUUCACUUAGGCUGAUGAGUAUGUUUUUGGAUUGUGGGAGGACGCCAGAUUACCCAGAGAGAACCCAAACAUGUACAGGGAGAACAUGCAGACCCCUCACAGACAGGCUCUGGUUUAGACUGGGAUUUAAACCAGGGACCUUGAUGUUGCUAGUCACAAGAAGAUAUGUUAUCAUAGCAUGUAAUUCAAGAAACUGCAAAAAGCACCUGACAGCAGGUCUCGAGUUUUCAGCUUAAAUCCACCUGCAAAAUGUGUUCAACGCAAAGAGAAGACCCACAAAUUAAGGAUCUCUUUUAAGUGAAUAUCUUGUUUAAGUUAAGACUUUUAAAGUCUUGUCAGGUCUGAACCUUGGUUUAAACCCUUGGACUCAUCUUUGACCACAGCUGUAUACUGCAUAAGUUACAAGUAAGAAUCAAAUCUGUGCUGUUCUUUUGUUUCUGCUGAGCUGGACUCAAAUGUCCUGACCUUUGGAUGUGCAGACAUGAAACUGAUAUUAUCCUCUCAGCUAACUGCGGCUAAGAUGUCAGUGCUACAGUGUUCCUUAGACAGUGUUUGUUCACAGAACACUGAACUAUUUAUAAAACAUGUAAAGAGAACUUUAAGCUCACCUAUUGUUUCAGGGGCCCCUGGUGGCUACUGAGCCUCGCACAGCAACCUCAAUUCAACGGAACAGAGUAGAUCUUUUAGACUUCUUUCAUAUUCAAUGAAAACAUAUAGCUUUAUGUAUCAACAUGGAUGUUAAAGGAAGUUGAAAAACAAAUGAGACGAGACGUACCACCUUGUCAGCGGGGGGUUUCAUAACGGCACAAUUAAAAAUCUCUUCACAGGAGCUUAAAAAACUACUUUUGUAUCUCAGGGGCAUCUUGUCCCAGAAGACCACCGUCCUUUGACAUUUCAACCAAGAAUCUGACCUCUAGAUAUCACUUAUCUUGUCUAAUUCUACACACUGUACCGUUGAAUAAAGUUAAAGUCACAUUCCUCUCAGUGCUGGUCAGCUGAGUGGGACAACCGUGUGACAUCACUCAUCAGAUGUAAACAACAAUCGCGGCGUAUGAGAAAGAAGUUCAGCAAACUUUCAGUAAAAAAAAAGGCAUGAAUAGUGUUUGAUGUUUAAAUGCUAAUUUAGUUUGAUUUAAAAUAAUCUAUUUUUUAAAUCAUCCACCACUGUUCCCACAGGCUGACAAAACUUGAAACCACAUUAUGCAAAAUGAAAGUGAGUUCAUUUUUAAACCAACCUGACAUCAUUUUGAAGCUUCAUUUCUCAAAAUAAAAAGGAAUAAAUAACAGUCACUGUAAAGACGGAUAACCUCGUAUUCUCACACACUGUUCAGAGCUGCAGGAUAAAGAAUGCAUCAAACCCCCUCUGUUUAGCAUCCAUGUAGUCCAACCAGACCACCAAAACCUUCCACCCAUUUUAAGGACAGAGAUCCUUAACUUUUAAUGAGACGUUCCUGCUCAUUGUGAGGGGGGAAGCGUCUCUGCUCUGGGCCUCCACUCAUGUUCUUCUCUAAUUAACAUGGCUGAAGCCCCAGAAGGCCGGCUCAGCUCCACCUCGCCUCUCCUUCAGUUACCUUCAUUGUCUUCUGGCACUUUUCCAUUUCCUCCUGCUCUCAUGUCCUUUGCCUAAUUAUAUCUGUAAUAAAUAUCCCGCUCACAGUGAUCUGCUUCUAGAGGAGCUGGACGGGAUAUAGGGACUAGAGGAUCCAAAACAAACAAUAGAAAGAACGCAACACAAAUGGACUGACCUACCAGUUAGAGAUUCUUGGAGCAUAAUCAGGAGUAAAAUUAAGAUUAUUUGUGGGCUGUUUUCACAGAUUAUAAAGCAGGAAUGUGCAAAGUAAGCCCUUUUUCCAAUAUAAGUUCUGCUCCUCUUCUGUAAUGUAUGGACUCCAUUUUAACCUUGGGUGAGGCUUCGUCUUACUUUGAGAUUUGGAGUGAAAACUUCUUUGAGGAAUGAGCUGAAAAACAGUUUCAUUCAGAGUGUCUGUAAUAUUGUACACUAAAAAAUUGGUUAAGAGGUGGAGUUCAAAUGGGACUUCAGUCUCUCUGCAAACUGCUCCAAUUUCCCCACCAGUGUAGUCAACCCAUCCUCCCACACAAUACAAAUUUAUGUAAAAGUAUUACAAACCUAUAAAAAGAAUAACCAUCUCUCUUUAUAAAAAGAAUAAGUCAAAGGGACCGUUUUUGUACCAGGCUGUAAGCAUGUUCGCUCAUGUUCUAAAACUGAACUGAAUGAUUUGUCAUUUGAACACUGAAAUUGCUAUGUGCACAUGCGCAAUAGUCGCAUUGCCGGAGGUGUAAUAUCAUCGUUUGAGUCACCUGAAACCUGUCAUGCUGUCAAUACUUCCUUGUCGCCAAGGAUUAGCCUACAAUAAAUUAUCUGAAAUCACUAAUGCAGCUCCUCACUUGAGCAGAAGUGACCACUGUUUUUGCAGAGUUCGUCUGUGUGACACAGGCCUGUGCGCGAUCACAGACACUGGAGCCAACACUCAAUUAAACAAGACAGAUUACAGAACAGUCUUCCUCCUCCACCCGACUCUGUGCUAGUUAAUGUCUUGGGCACCGAACAGGACCGCCAAAGGACAACAGUGUUUACUUGAAAUGUUUGCAUCCGCAGAGCACAUAAAUCAUAGUAAGCUGAAAAGAGUUAGCUUUUGUUAAAUAAAAUUACCAUCACAGGGCUUAAGCAGAUUAGACAUUAUUUAAACACCAGCAGGAAAAUUCGAUGACCUUAAAAUAAAUAAAUAACAGGAGUCUAAACUUGAUCAGUAAAAUGUUACUACACCUGUACUCUCUCCUUCCUCCCUCAUAUUUUUCCAUGCAGGUUUCAGAGCUGCUGUCAGAGGACUUGACACAGUGUGGUAAAAAGUAGGAGGAGGUUUCCUUUAACAGCAAAAAAACAGAACAAUACAUAUUAUAAAUGGUAUCACUGUAUUAUUUAAAUUUUAGAAUAUUUAAAGCAAACUGUAUAUACACUGCAUUCAUCUGUUAUAGAUUUCUAUUGUUUAAUAUUCAAAAAUAUAUUUUGGACAGAACAAUUAUCACGGAUUUGGUCUUUUUCAUUAUCAUUCAGCCCUACUGUAAAAUUAGACAUGUUGAUGUGGGGACGCCUUGGCCUUCGAACUGCGUUUUUUGCCUUGAGAAAUAGGCUUAAUUUGAUACACCAGAGGAUGCCACUUGGAUUGAACUCUGUUUAUUUACCUCCCAUCUACACCUCCUUCUCUAUCUUUAUUUUCUUUGAGGUUUCUACACCAGCUGGCAUUGUAAGUGUUACAUUAUUAUUGUUGAAUCAACCUUGAGUAACAAAGGCUGUAUCACUGUAAAAGUCAGCAUUUUAUUUUUGAGAUAUGUUUAAGAGAAAAUUGAAAUUUGAUGGACCCAAGUGGAGUGCAAAGACUCACAGAGAAUAUUGUGCCAAAGUAGUAAUCGUAAUUAUAUUACACCACUGCCUUUGUGUUGCAGUACAAGCUUUUGGUUAUCUAAAAGCCACAGCGACGUAGCCCUGCAGAAGUUAUCAAAAUGUGGAAAUAGAGGAAAAUGCAACAUUUACCUUUAAAGUCUACAGCCCCAGUGAGCUAAACACAUUCAGGAUCCAUCGUCUGUUACUUACUAUCAAAAAGAAGCAAGGAUAUCGGUAACAGAGAUAUGCCAAGUGCAGAAUGACCGGAAAAGCAUCCUGACAGUAUGCAAGUAGGGAGCUAAGAGCUUAUGAAGAUGUAAAAACACAGCAGGGAGCUCAGGGCCACACUGGAGAAGUUCAUAGGUUUUUUUCUAUUACAGGAAAUGAAUGUGUUGCCUUCCCUCCCAUCCUUCCCUGCGUGCAUUUGUCAUCAAAGCCCGACACAAGUGCUUUAAAGCGAAUACUCGGAUGUUGCCAUGGCUACAAAGUCACCCCAUGGGCUUGGCCAUCUAUUGAGCUUUUUUUUUGCCCCCGUUCUCCUUCUCUCCUUUGCAAGAGGAAAAAUUCAUGUGGCCAAACUGUCAGGGUAGAGCUUUUAUGACUUCAAAGGCAGGCAGAGUCGGCAGGAGCUCCGAGACCUUUGUCAGAUGGCAACGUGCUGCAUUUCUCCAGCAAUGUUGACAUUCACUAUUUGCCUUGCAGACCUGAGCAACAAGGACAAUCAGCCUGCAGCAAUUUGAAAAUCUGCUGCUCUCCUCUGUCUCCUAGGGCUGAGCACAUGAAGCCAUUACGCUGACUAAAAAGGACCAAACUCCCUGAGUUUGGCAUUUGAUCCCACUUCAGUGAAAAGAUACUCGGUGAAAAAAAAACAUUUAAUACAUUUACUCUUCUUGUAUGUAUUCACAACAGACUAUAUCAAUGAUGGACGUCGCCAACAGUCUGUUUGGCCUCUGCCAUUUUGGUUUUUGUAUCAGAAGGUGACCGUAUGUUGAUGAAAGAGUUGACAAGGAAACAAAGGGAGUCGUCAAUUUUUAGUACCCACGGAUUAUUCAACAGUGCAUUAGCUGAUUCAUAUUAUUUUAAUUGAUUUUGAACUACAACUUUAACGCCGUUUGGUGUGGUAGCUGAGCUUAAUUUGAGGGGAGAACAGUGGAAUAAUGACACAAACCUACAUCCAGCUUUCUCAGCACUGCUGCCUCCUCCAAGGAAAACCAGACAACAAUCCUGAUUUCUAUCAAGGGGCUGCCACAAAUGUAGGUUCCUGCUAAUCAGAUAAGAAAUGAAAAAACUGGAAUAUGACUGUCAGACUUCUAGACAGUCUGUCAAUAAAAUAAACUAUACAGCAAGACAGAUUACAUGUAUGCAAAAGGCUCCAACACCACAAACACGGCUAAACACGGGUCGUGGCCUGUGGCUAAAUUUGCGAUGGUGAGACAGUUAGCAGCUCCACCUGUCACUCAAAGAGGCACCGCCCCAAAUGAGAAACUUUUAAGGAUGCCGUGUAGUGAUUGGGUGGUUCUGCAAAUUAGAAUCCCAACAGGGUGAGUAUGACCCUGACUGAAAGCAGGCAGCAAAAAAUUCACUCCUCAAGAGUGUGUGCUGAUAGAGAAUUGAGCUAUUCAAACAUAUAUUGUUUUGUAAACAGCUUGAUAUUUAUUAGGUUUUUAUUAUGGGUGUGGAAGCAGAUUCUGGGGCUUUUGGAGCGAGCCUCAAGUGGACACUUAAGGAACAUUGGUUUUAGCUUAGAGACUGAAGGUUGCAGAGGAUUGACUCACUUUUAGUUUCUAGCCUCUUGUGGACACUUGUGGAACUUUUUCACCCUAAUAGCGGCCUGGCUUAGACAAAAUCCUUCUUAUGCAGACUAUUUCUACUCUCUCCCAUAGGAACAUUGAUUUUUCCGACACGGUUUGGUGACCUGUGUACCUCCUCUGCUUGCUGAAUUGACAUCUUCCUUUUCCUCUUCAGGUCACGGCUUUAAGUUUGGACCAAUCAUUGGCAAGCUCCUGAGUGAACUCAGCCUGGGAGAAGUGCCCUCCUACGACCUUUCACCUUUCAAAAUCCGACGCUUCCAUGAGAAAACAAAAUCAGCUCUAUAAUCCGAGGACUGAACACUGUGAGCGUCAGCAGAUCCUCAAAAAGUCUUAGUGAAAUUUAACUGUGGCUUGAUUUAUUGUUGUCUAUUUGUGGUUAAUUUAGCACGUUGUUGUUUUGUUUCUUUUAUUUGAUUACAGGUCCUAACAGUCACUCAUGUAUCAUGAAACAUUUUGUGUAUCCUCUCCAGCCUGUGUGUUUCUACUCCAAACAGAAUUUUAUGAUGCAGUUUAAUUUAACUGUGAGACCUAUAAUUUGCAUGUUUACGAUUGUUUUUAAAUGAACUAAGCUUUUUAAAUAAAAGUAAGAUAUGUUUACACAUCAUGUUUAGUGAAAAAUAUCAAAUGUUAUGUCUAUGAAUACUUGCUGCAAAUAAAGAUGUAAAGGUCUUUAUUGGUAAAA